GCCUCUCUCACUCGCAUCAUGCUACUGAAACACUCACGUCACUCCUCAAAUCACCCACCACUGUGGCUCACCGUCGUCGUCGCAGCUUCUGUGGCCUUUACCAUCGGCAAUGUGCUCGUAACGUUACGUAACCUCUCGAGGCUGAACGAGCUCUUACCAAGCUCUAUGGCGAAAGAAUACACAUGGGCUGGCGGUGACGUACCGAUGGAGCUACCUGUUCCAUACGAGCACGCUAUGGUCACUUUUGAAGACCCCGGAGAGCGCUUCGGUCUCUACAACGAUUCCGAGUGGGGCACGCUCUUCCCUACCGAUGGCUCUAUCAAGGGAGGUCAAGAUAAUCGCACCUUCCUUGUUUCAAUGGUACAUCAACUUCAUUGCUUGGACGUCAUACGCGUCGGCUACGUAACGAACGCCAGUGACUUCCGCGGGCACGUUGAGCACUGCCUGCAGUACCUCAUCCAAACGAUCCAGUGCUUCGCGGACACGACGCUCGAAGAAGACGAGAUGGUUUUAGUGGACGGCGAGUGGUUCCAUGCGGUGUAUGUGUGGGGCACGCAGCACAAGUGUAGAGAUCGUACGGCGUUAACCAGGUACAUGAUCGAGAACCAAGAUGUUCCGCAUAUACCAGAUGAUCCGACUGCCCUCGACUUGUAAUGGUAACGAUUAGAUUUUUUGUAACAGCCGUUUUAUCCACAUAAUCAC